AGAGAUUAUCAGUAGGUUUAUAACAUGGCAGUUGCUGAUACAUCGGAACUAAACUUUCCUGAUUCUCAAGAGUCAUUUUCUGAUUUUUGGAUGAACACCUUAUCUGAGAACAAUGAAUUACCGUCUUGGCAAACAGAUUUAAAUCAAGAAUAUGAUCAAUGUAAAGAAACUGUUGACGUACUUCAGUUGGACACUACCAAAGCAAAUGAUAUUGAAUUUCCAGUAUCAGAGUUUCUAACAUCCUCCCAGGCGUCCCAGCAAUCCAUUGGUGAUUUAUUUGCACAAAGCUUACCAAGUACUCAAUGUGGUGGCAACUCUCAGGUGACAACAGUUUCUAAACAUGAAUAUCCCGAUUCUGGUUAUGUAAUGACCUUGCCAAACAACUCUGUGCUGGCAGAACUCCAAACUUCUAGUCUUCAAACCGAAGUUUCCCUUCUGCCCAACAACGAAUAUCCUGGCAUUUAUAACUUUGAAAUAAACUUUGGCGAAAAGACUGAAUCAGCACCAAAAAGUGCACCCUUUACUUAUUCUUAUAGUUUGCAAAAGUUGUUUGUCAAAAUGAAUGAAAAUUGCCCAAUCAAGUUCCGCUGCUCACCCCAGCCCCCAAGUGGUUGUGUCAUUCGGGCAAUACCUGUUUUUGAAAAACCAAACAAUGUUACUGAGAUUGUCACCCGUUGCUUUAACCAUCGCAACGAAUGUCGCACAGAGAGCAGUGACAGUAAUACCCCAAACUCCCACCUUAUUCGGGUAGAAUCAAAAAGCAAUAAUAUUCAGUACUGUUUAACACAUGAAGGAAGAGAAUGUGUGGUUGUUCCUUAUGAGCCCCCACACUCAGGCUCAGAAUACAUGGCUCUGCUGUACAGGUUCAUGUGCUUAUCAAGCUGUAGGACUGAGACUGGUAUAAACAGAAGACCACUUUUAACAAUAUUUAAUCUCGAGAGUGAAACCGGUGAACUUCUUGGAAAGCGAGUUGUUAGCACAAGAAUCUGUGCAUGCCCUGGAAGGGACAGAACACAAGAAGAAGAGAAAAAAAACGUAACCUCCCAAAACAAAAGUCGAAAGCGUCUAUGCAAAUCUGCCACCAAUUCCAAAUCAAUUCCAGUUGUUCAAAAGAAUGAAGAAAACAAGGUUGAUAAUGAUGAUGAUGGCGACGUGGUAUACACAUUAAACAUACGUGGAAAGCGGAAAUUUGAAAAAGUAAAAGAAUACAAAGAAGCACUGGAUUUAUUGGACUAUGUUCAACCAGAUGUAAAGAAAGCGUGUUGCCAAAGAAAUCAAAUUUGAUAAUAAACCAAAUAUAAUACUAAGUUGUUACUUCAUACUUUAGAAGCAUUUGAAAUUGUUUUGGGGUUUUUACAUAAAUAGUUGUUAACUAAGCAAUAUGCAUCUCACACCGAUAAUACUUCCACUAACUCAAUGCGUUCUCUCAAAUCAUGACUUUUUAUUUGUUGAGCUUUAAUGUAACGCUGUUUUUUUACAACCAUUUUAGAACUAAUAACAAAAAGCAUUCUCUUAAUUUAUAAUUCAUUCAAAAUUAUGUUAAAAUUUAACUUUAUGUGUUUGUGUAACAACAUAUUUGUCACAAAUUGUCAGCAUCUGUUGUUAAAAAAAUUCACAUGUUUGUUUUCAUUUUUUGUUAAUGUACUGCCAUUAUUUUUAAUAGUUUACCAUAUUUCACAGUGAGAAAUAUUCAAUAUAUUGGUACUAAGCGAAGGACCAAUCGUAUUUUAACUAAAUAGUUCAGUAUUUAUCAAAAUAGUAGAUUGUAAUUGGUUCUUUUAGAUGCAAAUCUAGGAAUAAUACAAACAGUGCCUUUGUAUUACUGUAUAAAAUAAUUGUGCCUUGCGUCGUGCUUUAUCUCUCUAUCUGUACAUUGUUAAUGCUUAUCAAUUAAUAUUGUUUUAUUUGGUUUGGUGAUCAACAAUCUUUGUUAACCUUUUUUUUAAGUUUUAUAAUUUCGUUAAUAAAAAAGCUGCAAUUGGA